CUCUCGUUACCUACACUUUACGCUUCCGGCUUGUCACGCAUACGCAUUCGCAACCGCAACCUAUUCUGCCCGUUCCUCGACCACGGCGCAUCUUCUUCACUGAAUGGUGGCGAUCUCUUCGAGGAUAGGGCGACGGGAGGAUACGGGCGUAAACGUCGACGGCAUAUUGCCAUCCUUUAAUUCAUUCUAAUACUAUAACUGCAACGGCUUGGAAGUCUUUCGCUUUUACCAACUCAAUAACUUCAUUUCGAUAUACAAUUUCCACGGUCUGGACCAGUAAAUAAAGUCGCCUUUCACCAUGAGUAGUGAACCCACCGACACCAAGCCUAAUCCCCCUGAGCGAUCAGACUCGUCAUCCUCUUCCGUGGGGAGCCAGGAGAUCCACAACCCCGUCCCGAUCCGACCACGCUUGCCUAAUAGAAAGAGCAGCGGUACUCUUAUAGUCCCUCGAGAUUCUAAUCAAGUCGGACCGCUGGAGCCGGAACUCGAGCCAGAUGAUGUUAGAGCGAUGAGCCCGCGAAGAACUAGCGAGGACAUUGAGGUUAUGGGACGCGAGGCACGAGAAGAGCUUCAUAAACAUGCGAGAGCAUUACAAGAUUCACUCCUCAUGAUAUUUAACCGAAUAGAGGCUGUUAGGGAGGAACACGACAAGCUGGAUAGCCACAACAAAUUUUUACAGAAAUACAUCGGUGAUCUGAUGAGCACAAGCAAGAUAACCGCUACCAACAGGGGUAGGAAAUAAGCAGUCGCUGGGAAUAGUAGCAGUGGGGAGGAAUAAAGCUGGACAACCCUAUAGCCGCCAUGUUACGACAAUGGCGCCUAUGAUACCCAUACCGAUUCUGCGAUUUUACAUCGCCUACGGCACCGAAGAAAAUGAACUCGACGAAUCUACAUUACACAUCGUCGACAAAAAGUUCACUCGGUAGCCUUUUGUCGCUUAUUCGACUUACCUGGUUCGCCCUAGUCUCACGCCUAGGCUAACUAGCUUUGAGAGGAUUCGAUUCUGAAUGUGUUAUCAUCAACAGUGCUGCGCGAGGGCGAUGAGUUGUACUGUGAUUCUAUACCAAGACAGGGGAUCCGGUGUUGAAAAAGAAGUUUAUACCAC